UGCCAUUACAUCAUUAUGCGCGUAUUCAAUGUGAUAUUCAGUGUGCAUAGGUUUAUGACCAUAUCAUAAGGCAGGUGUACUUCAAAUAAGGAUAAGCAGAAAGGAAUUUAUGCAGGAAUGCACAAGGACAGGUUGCCCGGUUAUUGACCAUAGAGGUCACCACUAUACAUUACAAGAUGGCACCCUCCAUGAAGCGGCAAGACCGAGAUCCAAACUUAAUGAAGGAGCGAGAAAUCAUUAAGGGAAAAGCAAAGGCAUUUUUGGAAGAUAGAAAAAAUGCGAACGAAUUAGUUGAAAUCCUAUCAUAUUUUGCGGAUGAAAGAGCGGAGAUUCUAUUAUCAGCAAUUCGCGCCGUGCACAAAUUGUUUUGUCAUGUCAUCAACAGUAAGUCGAUGGUUCUGCAGAAGUCCACGUUGGAGCUAGGAGAUAAUGAAGGGAGCACGGCGGAGAAAUACAGGGUCUGGCUGCAGGGACUGUACGCGGACACAAUCGACCAGCUACUGUCACAGCUAAACAGCAGACACGAAAACGUCGCAGAACUUGCCGUCACUACACUGUUGAAAUUCUUGGAGCGGGAGGGGACGAACCCGCUAGUGCAAGUCGAAGAUGUCAAGUACCCCACGUUUCCGACUAAAUUGUUUGCGGCGAUCAUGGAUCACGCGCUGUCAUCUGAGGCCGAUUCGGGGCGUCUCAUCCUACGUCUCACGGAGAGUCUGGAGUUUGCGGACAUGAGGCUGCAUUGUCUCAGACAGGUCAGCGACAGCAUCUUGAAAAAACGUGAUCAGGUGGUUAUAUUCUACGUGUGUGGCACUUUGGGAGCCUGGGAGGGCAAUCCUUAG